UGCAGCGCAGCAUCCGUCGGUCCGUCAGAGCCUGAAUGCCACCAGGACUUCGGGCUGCAGACAGCAUGAUUCCUUCCUGCCUCAAUUGCUCCAUCCUCCCUGGAGCCCUGUUCCCAGGGGAUGUAAGGAACCCCAUGUCCUGCAACAGCACUGAGGUCAGGGAACAAUUUGACCCUGAGGACUUGAACCUAACUGAUGAGGCCCUGAGGCUGAAGUACCUGGGGCCACAGCAGACACAGCUGUUCGUGCCCAUCUGUGCCAUAUACCUGCUGAUCUUUAUGGUGGGCACUGUGGGCAAUGGGCUGACCUGCAUGGUCAUCUUGCGCCACAGGGCCAUGCACACGCCCACCAACUUCUACCUCUUCAGCCUUGCUGUGUCUGACCUGCUGGUGCUGCUGGUGGGCCUGCCCCUGGAGCUCUAUGAGAUGCAGCACAAUUACCCCUUCCAGCUGGGUGCAGGUGGCUGCUACUUCCGCACGUUGCUCUUUGAGACUGUCUGCCUAGCUUCAGUGCUCAAUGUCACAGCCCUGAGUGUGGAGCGCUACGUGGCUGUGGUGCAUCCACUGCAAGCCAGGUCUGUGAUGACACGGGCCCAUGUGCGACGCAUGCUGGGGGCCAUCUGGAUCCUUGCUGUGCUCUUCUCUCUGCCCAACACCAGCCUGCAUGGCCUCCAGCAGCUGUAUGUGCCCUGCCGGGGUCUAGUGCCUAACUCAGCUAUUUGUACAUUGGUCCGUCCCCUGGUCCUCUACAACCUGGUGGUGCAGGCCACCACACUGCUCUUCUUCUGCCUGCCCAUGGCCACCAUCAGUGUGCUGUACUUGCUCAUUGGUCUGAGGUUGAGGCAGGAGAGGAUGCUGCUUCUCCAACAGGAGGUCAACAGCAGGAACACUGCAGCAGCCAGGACCAGUGAGACCAGAAGGACUCAGCUGCGGGAUAGAGGAAGGAGACAGGUGACCAAGAUGCUAUUUGUGCUGGUCGUUGUGUUCGGCAUCUGCUGGGCUCCGUUCCAUAUUGACCGCCUCAUGUGGAGCUUCGUGUCCCAAUGGACAGAGGGCCUGCAGGUGACCUUCCAGUACGUGCACAUUGUCUCCGGUGUCUUCUUCUACCUCAGCUCGGCAGCCAACCCUGUGCUGUACAGCCUCAUGUCCAGUCGCUUCAGGGAGACCUUCCAGCAAGCGCUGGGCCUUGGAACCCGGUGCCGAUGCCACCACCAACCCUGCCGUAGCUCCUACAGCCUCAGCAGGCUGACCACCGGCAGCACCCUGUAUGACUUAGGCUCCCGGGGCAGCAGGGCUGGGCCCCUCGCUGAGAAUGGGGCAGAAUGGAAGCAAGAGACAGACCCCUCCUGACUGCAGCCUCGAGGCAACUCACCGUCUGCCGAGCUACCCCUACCUUCCUCUUUGAGAACGACCUGCCCCAAAUUCAGCUUGGAAACUCUGACCAGCACCCCAGUGACUCCUGCCCUGCCCACAUAUUUGAGAACUGAGGAAAACUGCAAGAAAGAGAGCAUUGAACCCCAAUUACUGAGGCCCCAUGAGCCAGGCACCAUGCCCUGUGCUGCCCGUCCCUCCAGAUCCCAGACCCUCGCUAAACCCCUCUCCACAGAUCCCUCACAGUGAGCUGGGGCUCAGUAACCCAUCCCCCCAGGAUGUCCUUCCUCUCAAGUUCUAGCAUGUUUGCCCUAGGCCCUAGCUCUCUUUCUGGUAACUUUUGAGUCUUCACAGGUUCUGGCCCAUCUGUCCCUCUCUAGUUCUGGUAUGACCCUAACCCUCCUCUCACCCUUCCUGGCUCCCAUUCUGUACUGAGAUCUGGGCCUGAUGGAGCUGCCACGUGACAAAGGUUCCCAGGGACCCGAUUCAAAUCUAAUCUCAGCCCUUCUGUCACCACCUUGCCUUGUGGCAUCAAGCAAAUCACCCCAUCUUUCUAGGCUUUGGUUCCUUGUUUGGAAAAUGAAAGGUGCCCUGACAGUCCAGCAUCACCCUUAGGUGCUAUGUUUUCUUCUGUGUGUACAUAAUGAAGCCAACCAAUGCCUUCGGACUAACAGGGCUGUCAUUACUCUAUCUGUACCACUCCCUGCUUCCCCUCUGUCCUCCAUAUGCCCGCCCUGUUCCAAGCUAUCCAGGGCAGGUCCUUGCCUUAUCCUGAAACAGAUGCAACCAACAAGUGUCUAGAGUGUUCCUUCUGCUUCCUGCCCUCCUCACCUGCAGACAGGAUGGCCUGUGUCUCAGUUUGCUUUUCUAGAGCUGGGAUAAAACCCUGAGCAAAACCAGCUUGGGCAGGAAAGGCUUUAUUUGGCUUCUAGCUCACGGUCUGUCACUGAAGGAAGACAAGGCAUGAACUCGAGACA